GAAAAACAAAACAAAGAGUGUGUACCUGUGUCGGAUCGGGGAUGUUGGUAAAAAAAGUUGAUAAUCAAAAUACAAACACUGUCCGUUCGGGAUAUAUUUCGAAGUUUCCUCGUGAAUUGAUCAGUUGGAAUUGGUAGUACUUUGAUUGGUUCGUGUUUGCCGUCGAAAACUGUAUAAAUAAAAGUAACGAAAGUGCGCCGCGACCGCUGAGAUUCCACAUCGGUACGACGAACGUUGUUUAUGUUACGGGAAAGGAUGGCAGCUGGAGCAAGACCGGAUAAUUGGCGUGAUAUCAUUGCGGAUCGUUUACGGAAUCGCAAUCGGAACGAAACCUCUCGAUAUGCGGAUAUUAUUGCCUACAACAAUCGUCUGUUUGAUGCGGCGGCCAUGCUACGGCAGGAAAACCUGGAACUGAAAAUAGAUAAAAAGAUUCGCGACAGUUCCGGGAGUACAGCUGGGUCCGACCUGGCCGCCAUAACGAACGCUCAGAUUCAGUCGCUGGAGAAGAAAAUCCUGGCCCAACAGGAAGAACUGACGGAGUUGCACAAACGGAAAGGCGAACACUCGCAGAUGAUCAUCAAUCUGAACCAGAAGUUGACGGACCUGCAACGAAUGCUAGCCGAGAAGGAGCAUGCCCUGGUUGAGCAGUGUGCCGCCAACGUUGUCCUUCGGGACGAACUGGAAGAGCUGAAGGCUUCUCACGUCACGAUCAAGGACGAAUCGCUAGCUUCGCAACUUCGGGCCAACACGGCCGAAGAAAAGCUUCGGGCAAUUCAAGAUGAAAACAGUAAGCUUCUGAAUCUACUGAUGGAAUACAAAUCACGGGAUGCGGAAAUCAUGAACAAAGAGAAUGAUAAAUUUUUCAAGGAAAAGAAAGCGCGAAUCGAAAGUGAACUGGAACGGGCGAUACGGGACAUUCCGGGACCGUCGUCGUUGGGUGGGUUGGGGGACAUAGAUCGGUUCGAUUUCGGUUCCGAUGGACCGCCAGAAGGGAUCGAAUUUAAGUUCGAUGCACACGAUGGCGAAGUGAAUGCGGUUCGUUGGAGUCCGAUAGAACGGGUGGUGGCGACCGGUGGUGCCGACAGGAAGGUGAAACUGUGGGACGUUGGAAAAGGAAUUUGUGAACCUCGUGGUGCUUUGGUUGGAAGUAAUCAGGGAAUCAAUUCAGUGGAGUUCGAUUCUACCGGAUCUCUGAUUCUGGCAGCCUCGAAUGAUUUUGCUAGUCGCGUAUGGACCGUUUCCGACCAACGAUUACGGCACACACUAACCGGCCACAGCGGAAAGGUACUGGCAGCGAAAUUCCUCGGCACCUCGUGUCUAGUCACCGGUAGCCACGACCGUACGCUCAAAGUGUGGGACCUCAAAAAUCGCUCGUGUACGGAAACCAAAUUCGCCGGCUCGAGCUGCAACGAUCUGGUCACGACGGACAGCUUCUCGAUCAUCAGCGGUCACUUCGACAAGAAGAUUCGCUUCUGGGACAUCCGGACGGCGGACUGUGCGGCCAACGAUAUUCCACUGCAGGGCAAGAUAACCUCACUGGAUCUGUCCAAGGACGGAAAGUUUUUGCUGUGUUGCGUGCGGGACGACACCAUCAAUCUGAUGGAUCUCCGCAACAACAAGAUCAUUCGAACGUUCCGCCAUGACAAUUUCAAAGUAGGCUGCGACUGGUCCCGGGUGGCUUUCAGUCCGACAUGUCAACGAAUCGCUGCCGGGUCGGCCGAUGGUUCCGUUUUCAUCUGGAACGUGAACGGCCCCGUGGAAACCGUGCUCAAGGAUCCCAACGGAAGUGGCGCCGGAGUGACUGCCGUCAGUUGGCACCCGUUCAGCUCCGUCCUGGCUUCGGUGGAUCGAGCCAAAAAAUGCACAAUCUGGUCGAACGCUUAGCAAAACUAUCAAGUGACAUUUUUUACUAACAUCUAUUACGACUAGUACUGUUACUACUACUACUACCAUUAAAAAUAACUGAACAGCAGCAGCAGCAGCAGUGUCCGUUUUGGUGUGGUUCAUGCACCCAUCCGAGACCCCUUCUUCGUAGGUGUAUGUCGAAUUGCAAGUAGCAAAAAUGAUACUGGCGUGGUUGCGAAACAUUUUUCUGCAAGUGGUUUUUUUUUACCGUAAUGUACAGUGUAAGGAAAUUAAAUUCGUUCAGUAACCGUCUUGUUUAAUUUGGUCUUUUAUACAAGACUACUUUUUCGACGUUAAUUUUUUUCCCCCGCAACUCUGUACUAUAAAAGUAGCAGUUAAGUCAAUUAGUUCUCGCAAAUCUUCUCCAAUUUAUACAAGAAACGAACAUGUAUUUCUAAAAGUUUGCCGUCACAAUAUACUCAUGAUUACAA